CUGUUAUGUUGUGGGAGUUAAUUGGUUGAAAGUGCAGCACAUACUCGUCAGACCGUAAUUAGUUUAACUUUCUAUGGCAACCGAACGACCCUUUGUUUUAAACUCCAACAGUUGCCUAAUGCUGAUCUGAGCCUCGGUGUUAUUACCUCACCUAUGUGACUGGAGACACCGUGUUACUAAUAUUCCUUACGCCGUUACACUUGGACUGCUUCCCAAAACAAAGAUGUCCGCCGGCGCUUCUCCUUGCCUCCAUGUUACUCCCGUACAGGAAGUGAAGGUGAUGGCUCCCGAUCUUGUAACCCUUUCUGUCCCUGACACUUAGCGCUUGUGGGGCUCAGUAACACCGAGAGCAUUUUAUUUUGGAAUACGGACCAAGAACCUGAGGCUGCGGGGCGAGAGUGACGUCAGUGUUCCUUCCCGGCAUGCGCUGCGAAAACAUGGCGACUUCCCGUGGCGACAAUAUGAGCAGGAUUGGGCGCUAAAGUUACUUUCAUCUGAUCCCUGCGAGUCCAACUCUGACUGAAAACUUCCUCAUUGAAAGUGAGUUUGGCCCCACAGUCCCACGGGGUUUCCCAGUGCUGCUUUAGUUACCAGGGAAGAUAUUGUUUUGCCUGUCUGUGAAGGGUUUGUUUUAAUAUUAUGCAGGAAUCACGCGAGGAUGGGGAGGAGAAGGUGACUGCCGGCAUGGAGUCAUUGGCCGUAAAGGAAGGAGGAGAAGAGGAGGAAGAGGAAGAAGUGGAAGGACAGCAGAAAGCAGAAGAGGAAGAAGCAGAUGAACAACAAGAACAGGGGGAAGAGGAAGGGGAAGCAGAAGAGGAGGAAGGGGAAGACUGGUGUAUAGGUUGCAGUGAUGAGGAGGUUGAGGAACCUGAUGGGUGGAUUCCACCCCCUGAAGACAUUAAAAGACUUUAUGAGUUGUUGGCCAAAGAGGGAACGCUGCCUUUGCAAGUUGACAUGCUCCUCCGUCGACCUCCCACCCCUGAACCCGACUCUCUGGAUGAUGAAUCUGAUCAAGAGGGAGAGGAGGAAGAAGAUGAGCAAGAGACGCCAAACGUUCCCACUGAAUUUGAUUUUGAUGAUGAACCGGUCACCCCCAAAAAUUCGCUACUUGAUCGCCGGAGAACGCCAGGGAGCACCGGCCGCAGUCACAAGAGAGAGGCCCGACUGGACAAGGUUCUGUCCGACAUGAAGCGACACAAGAAGAUCGAGGAACAGAUCCUAAAGACUGGCCGUGACCUCUUCGACAUGGACCCCGACUCCGUUCCCACCCCAAAACGCUCUUCUGCCAUCUUCCCUCGUCAGCGGAAAUACUGAACUAAUGGGAAUUUGGGGGCAGGGGGCUUUUAAUGGAUGUUGUGCGCUGUAUUCCCAGUACCCGUGUGGCAGGAUAUGGAUUGGGAUGUAGCAGGAAGUGCCGGACCCUGUCCUGGACAGGAAGUGCCAGACUGUGGGCAUGUAAUGCUCAUGUGUUUGUAUUGGUUUCUCUUCCUUAUGUGUAUUUUAUUAUAAAAGACUUAAAAUA